AAUUUAUUUACCAACACUGUCGUUAUAUCAUUGUGUUGUUUAUUGAAAUACUAAAAUGUUGCGGCAAAUUUUGUUUACUAAAGUGGCCCGUCGCCUGGCGCUACCUAUGGUAGCCCAAAAUCGCUCUGCCAGCAAUUUGGACAAAUCUGAGUAUACUACACCUGGGGAAAUUGUGGAUUACGAUGAUCCACCACAUUUGCCAGUUCCGGAAUAUCCUGUUCGUCCUGAUGAGCCCCUCGAAACACGCAAGCAGCGCCUUUUGUAUCAGAGCCGAAAACGUGGAAUGCUCGAAAACGAUCUUUUGCUGAGCACUUUUGUUGCCAAACAUCUGAGGGAUUUCAAUGCCGAACAGACCGCCGAAUAUGAUCAGUUAAUCAAUGGAGUCAGCAACGACUGGGAUAUAUUCUAUUGGGCGACCGAAACAAAGCCUACACCCCCACAAUUCGAUACUGAAAUAAUGCGACUGCUAAAGGAGCACGUCAAGAACCAUGAGAAGGUACAAAGGAUCAGACAACCUGAUCUAUAGACCAAAGAACCCUAUUAACUUUAUACCCCACACUAUAAGAAUGUGUAUUAGCUGAUGCAUUACUAAACUAUUGUAUUUUUUAAAGGGUUUUGAUAUUUAAAUAUGAGGAUAUUAACUUAUGCAAAAAAAAAUUUGACAAUUAAAAUACACAAUAUUUUUCACUUGUUACUAUAA